CAGCUAUUUCCGGUCUAUCGUGGUGCAUAUGCCAUGAAAUACAGAAUUAAACCUAAAUUGGAGGUGUGAAAUACACAUGGCUAGCUGUAACGAGAAAUGUGAUAUGGAAGAUACCAGAAGUGUAAUUCUUGGUCAUUCAGCAAGAGUCCUGACCAAAGAUGAGAAGCAAAAACUUGAGAAAGAUGAUGAACUGAUUUCUGAAUUUAAAAGGAACAAAUAUGAACUAGAAGCUAAGAAAAACUGGGAUUUAUUUUACAAAAGAAACACAACAAAAUUCUUCAAGGACAGGCACUGGACAACCAGAGAGUUUAAUGAAUUGUGUAGUAACCUUGGAAGUUCUAGUGGCACACGAGUAAUACUUGAAGUAGGAUGUGGGGUGGGCAACUUCAUCUUCCCACUCCUAGAGCAGGACAGCUCCUUGUACUUCCAUGCAUGUGACUUUUCACCCAGAGCUGUACAGUUUGUCAAGGAGAAUCCGCUUUAUGAUCCGGAAAGGUGUAAUGUCUUCCAAUGUGACAUCACCACUGACCCUCUAACCAAUCACAUGCCCGAAAACUCUGUCAACUUGGUGUCCAUGAUUUUUGUCCUGUCCGCUAUUAAUCCAGAGAAAAUGACCGCUGCAUUAUCCAACAUUGUCAAGGUGUUGAGACCGGGUGGUUUGCUGUUGUUUCGGGACUAUGGGCUAUAUGAUUAUGCCAUGCUGAGAUUUCAAUCAGGACACAAGCUAUCCGAGAACUUUUAUGUCAGACAAGAUGGCACACGGGCAUACUACUUCUCUACUGAAUUACUGAUGAAGUUGGUGUCAGAAGUAGGCUUAACAGUUUGUGAGUGUGAAUAUGUACAGAGGGAAACUGUUAAUAGAAAAGAAGGACUGAGUGUUCCUCGAAUAUUUGUACAAGGAAAGUUUGUCAAACCAAACCAGACUGACAACUCAGCAUUAAACGAGAGUGACUCUAGAUCUCCUAAAACCUGCAAAGUUUUAACGACUGGUGAUAUAGAUUGUCAAAUAAACUCACAAAAUACAUAUAAAAGUGAUGGAAGAGACAAUGAUACAUCUCAUAUAAUCUCACAAAGUACAGAUGGGUGUGAUACAAGAGACAAUGAUACAAAAUCUCAAACAAACUCACAGAAUACAGAUGGACAUGUGUCAUAGUCAUAGAUAUGUGUUAAUCCACAUAAUAUAACGAAACAUUCAGGUGAGAAUUACACUGAGAGACAGUUGAUACCAUAGAGUUUGAUCAGGGAUCAGAGGAACAUCUGGUACCAUAGAGGUUGAUCAGGAAUGAGAGAGACAUCUGGUACCAUAGAGGUUGAUCAGGGAUGGAAGGGACAUCUGGUAUCAUAGAGGUUGAUCAGGAAUGAGAGAGACAUCUGGUACCAUAGAGGUUGAUCAGGGAUGAGAGACAUCUGGUACCAUAGAGGUUGAUCAGGAAUGAGAGGGACAUCUAGUACCAUAGAGUUUGAUCAGGAAUGAGAGGGACAUCUGGUACCAUAGAGAGGUUAAUCAACGAUGAGAGGGACAUCUGGUACCAUAGAGGUUGAUCAGGGAUCAGAGGAACAUCUGGUACCAUAGAGUUUGAUCAGGAAUGAGAGGGACAUCUGGUACCAUAGAGUUUGAUCAGGAAUGAGAGGGACAUCUUGUAGUGUAGAGGUUGAUCAGGGCUCAGAGGGACAUCUAGUACCAUGGAGGUUGAUCAGGGAUGGAAGGGACAUCUGGUACCAUAGAGGUUGAUCAGGGAUGAGAGGGACAUCUGGUACCAUAGAGUUUGAUCAGGGAUGGAAGGGACAUCUGGUACAAUAGAGGUUGAUCAGGGAUGGAAGGGACAUCUGGUACAAUAGAGGUUGAUCAGGGAUCAGAGGGACAUCUGGUACAUUAGAGGUUGAUCAGGGAUGGAAGGGACAUCUGGUACCAUAGAGGUUGAUCAGGGAUGGAAGGGACAUCUGGUACCAUAGAGGUUGAUCAGGGAUGAUAGGGACAUCUGGUACCAUAGAGGUUGAUCAGGGAUCAGAGGGACAUCUGGUACCAUAGAGGUUGAUCAGGGAUCAGAGGGACAUCUGGUACCAUAGAGUUUGAUCAGGAAUGAGAGGGACAUCUGGUACCAUAGAGGUUGAUCAGGGAUCAGAGGGACAUCUGGUACCAUAGAGGUUGAUCAGGGAUCAGAGGGACAUCUGGUACCAUAGAGGUUGAUCAAGGAUGAGAGGUACAUCUGGUACCAUAGAGGUUGAUCAGGGAUGGAAGGGACAUCUGGUACCAUAGAGGUUGAUCAGGGAUGAUAGGGACAUCUGGUACCAUAGAGGUUGAUCAGGGAUGAGAGGGAUAUCUGGUACCAUAGAGGUUGAUCAGGGAUGAGAUGGACAUCUGGUACCAUAGAGAGGUUAAUCAACGAUGAGAGGGACAUCUGGUACCAUAGAGGUUGAUCAGGGAUCAGAGGAACAUCUGGUACCAUAGAGUUUGAUCAGGAAUGAGAGGGACAUCUGGUACCAUAGAGUUUGAUCAGGAAUGAGAGGGACAUCUUGUAGUGUAGAGGUUGAUCAGGGCUCAGAGGGACAUCUAGUACCAUGGAGGUUGAUCAGGGAUGGAAGGGACAUCUGGUACCAUAGAGGUUGAUCAGGGAUGAGAGGGACAUCUGGUACCAUAGAGUUUGAUCAGGGAUGGAAGGGACAUCUGGUACAAUAGAGGUUGAUCAGGGAUGGAAGGGACAUCUGGUACAAUAGAGGUUGAUCAGGGAUCAGAGGGACAUCUGGUACAUUAGAGGUUGAUCAGGGAUGGAAGGGACAUCUGGUACCAUAGAGGUUGAUCAGGGAUGGAAGGGACAUCUGGUACCAUAGAGGUUGAUCAGGGAUGAUAGGGACAUCUGGUACCAUAGAGGUUGAUCAGGGAUCAGAGGGACAUCUGGUACCAUAGAGGUUGAUCAGGGAUCAGAGGGACAUCUGGUACCAUAGAGUUUGAUCAGGAAUGAGAGGGACAUCUGGUACCAUAGAGGUUGAUCAGGGAUCAGAGGGACAUCUGGUACCAUAGAGGUUGAUCAGGGAUCAGAGGGACAUCUGGUACCAUAGAGGUUGAUCAAGGAUGAGAGGUACAUCUGGUACCAUAGAGGUUGAUCAGGGAUGGAAGGGACAUCUGGUACCAUAGAGGUUGAUCAGGGAUGAUAGGGACAUCUGGUACCAUAGAGGUUGAUCAGGGAUGAGAGGGAUAUCUGGUACCAUAGAGGUUGAUCAGGGAUCAGAGGGACAACUGGUACCAUAGAGGUUGAUCAGGGAUGAGAUGGACAUCUGGUACCAUAGAGGUUGAUCAGGGAUGAUAGGGACAUCUGGUACCAUAGAGGUUGAUCAAGGAUGAGAGGGAUAUCUGGUACCAUAGAGGUUGAUCAGGGAUGAGGGGGACAUUUGGUACCAUAGAGGUUAAUCAGCGAUGAUAGGGACAUCUGGUACCAUGGAGGUUGAUCAGGGAUCAGAGGGACAUCUGGUACCAUAGAGGUUGAUCAGGGAUGAGAGGGACAUCUGGUACCAUAGAGGUUGAUCAGGGAUCAGAGGGACAACUGGUACCAUAGAGGUUGAUCAGGGAUGAGAGGUACAUCUGGUACCAUAGAGGUUGAUCAGGGAUGUGAGGGACAUCUGGUACCAUGGAGGUUGAUCAGGGAUCAGAGGGACAUCUGGUACCAUAGAGGUUGAUCAGGGAUGAGAGGGACAUCUGGUACCAUAGAGGUUGAUCAGGGAUGAGAGGGACAUCUGGUACCAUAGAGGCUGAUCAGGGAUGAGAGGGACAUCUGGUACCAUAGAGGCUGAUCAGGGAUGAGAGGGACAUCUGGUACCAUAGAGGCUGAUCAAGGAUGAGAGGGACAUCUGGUACCAUAGAGGCUGAUCAGGGAUGAGAGGGACAUCUGGUACCAUAGAGGCUGAUCAGGGAUCAGAGGGACAACUGGUACCAUAGAGGCUGAUCAGGGAUGAGAGGGACAUCUGGUACCAUAGAGGCUGAUCAGGGAUGAGAGGGACAUCUGGUACCAUAGAAGUUGAUCAGGGAUCAGAGGGACAACUGGUACCAUAGACGUUGAUCAGGGAUGGAAGGGACAUCUGGUACCAUAGAGGUUGAUCAGGGAUCAGAGGAACAUCUGGUACCAUAGAGGUUGAUCAGGGUUGAUAGGGACAUCUGGUA